AAAAAAAAUAUCAGCGGGUGAAACUUCCCUGUCUCAGUUUGGCUGCCUGGAUAACCAUACAAACACGGAAACAGAGCUGUUUCAACGGUUGUAUAUUAAUAGCUAAGAUUGUAAGGAGUCGUGUAUCAAAAAAAAAAAGAAGAAAAAAAAAGCGCACGAAGUAAGAUGCCGGAGAGCGUGAUUGUGUGGUGAUGGAAGCGCACCUGUUGAAGUUCGUGGAGCGGGUCCGUUGUCUGUCCGACCGUGACAGCAGUGGAGACCAGCUCAUCUCCACCGAGUUCAACUUGAUACGGCAGAAAAGUGCAUCACUCAAAGAGGAUCAUAGCCUGUCCACUGCCGCGGGAGAAAUCAAAGAAAAUGUGAAGAAAAACCGCUAUAGGGACAUUCUGCCCUAUGAUCAGACCAGAGUCUGUCUAGCUCCAACCACAUCUGAAUAUGAGUCUGAUUAUAUUAAUGCCAACUUCAUCAAGGGACUGAAUAGAAGAUAUAUCGCCACCCAAGGCCCUUUAAGCAGUACUGUGGUUGAUUUCUGGCGCAUGAUUUGGCAACACAAUGUUAAGGUCAUAAUCAUGGCUUGUAGAGAGGUUGAGAUGGGAAAGAAAAAAUGUGAAGUCUACUGGGCGUCGAUCACAGACGCAUCGAUUUUUGGUCCCUUUACCAUCUCAACUUUUGAGGAGGCACGACCAAAUGAGGAAGUCAUUGUUCGGACGUUGGUGGUAAAAUAUUGUGAUGAAACUCGUGAAGUGUCUCACUUCCAGUAUACUGCCUGGCCGGACCACGGGAUUCCAGACAUCCCGGAUGGCAUUCUGGGUAUGAUGGAGCAGGCUCGCCAAAAACAGGGCAACCAGACGGACCCUAUAGUGAUCCACUGCAGUGCCGGCUGCGGUAGAACGGGGGUCAUCUGUGCUGUUGAUUAUGUCAAUGAUCUACUGCUGACCGAGCAAGUACAGGAGGAUUUUAAUAUCUUGGACCUGGUGUUAGAGCUCAGAAGACAGAGACCUUCGGCUGUGCAGACCAAGGAGCAGUACGCGUUUGUCUUUUAUACGGUUGCUCAGAUGUUUCAAAAGUUCUUGGAGAUGAAAAACAAGAAGACAGAGACUUCAGCCUCUCUGUACAUCAAUUCGGUUCCACCGAAGACGUCGCUAAAAACAGGAUCACUGGGCAGCAUCAGCGUACCCCCUAGAACACGAAAUCCACCUCUUAAGCCCAAGUUUUCCCAUCCUCAGGCCAGGAUGAACGACACUUAUGCAGUCGUCAACAAACCCAAAUUAAAGCCUCCUCCUUCUAGCCCUCAUUCAAUCAGUGUCCAUCACUAUGACAACGCUGAUUUAGAGAAAAGCAAUAACAGUGCAGUCUACAGUACCGUCAAACCUAAAAACAGGCCCACGUCAGCCCUGCCUUGUCCCACAUCACCGGGUUAUGACAGAUCAACAACAGCCAAUCAGAGAGGAGGACUGGCACCCAAAAAGACAGAUCAUGAGGGUUAUGAGCUAUUGCCAGGGGAGUUGAGGUCCAUGAAUAGAGAUUCGCAGCCAAACAGUCUGCUUUCACGAUCUCCAAGUACAACUGAGAGCCAAUCUUCUACAGAUGAUGAUUAUGAAUAUGUGUCUAGCAUCGUCAAGGACACCAGCAGCCCAUUUGCCCCGGGUGGCCUGGGUUUCAACUGUCGCAUAAAGAAACCAAAAGGCCCUCGAGAUCCGCCGGCCGAAUGGAGUCGUGCAGAAAGAUGAAACUGCAAAACGGACCCAGCCUACUAUAGCUUGUUCCAGUAGAUGCACAGCUGUUUUUUACACUGGGUUAUAAUAGAGCUUUAUUUAUUUCCUUCAAGAGGUUCCAUUGGUAGUUUUGUUUGUUUUACUGUUUUAAUUACUUAAGCAGUUUAUGAUUAUGUACAGUAAUGUAGUUUAUUGAUGUAUUUGUGUGGCAAAUAAUUUCAUUUUUAAAAUGCUAUAUUGAAAGAUUUCACUGCAUGUGAUUUAAAGGGGUCAUUUAAUGUUUUUGUAAUCAUUGUAACCCACGUUAUUCAAAUUUUUAUACACCAAUUUCACCUAAAGCCCCUUUCACACUGCACGUCGGACCCGGCAUAUUGCCGGAACAUUGCCGGGUCGCCUUCUGUGUGAAAGCAACCACGUCCCGGGAUUGAUUCCCCGCAUUGAACCCGGGUCGGGGACCUAGUAACAUUGCCGGGUUCGACCCGAGACGAGCGCUGGGUGAAAAAAAGCCAGAUCUAAUUCCGUGUCGAAGUGAUGACGCACGUUAUCGCGCAACUCUUUUACCGGCCGUUUUGAAGUAAGAUCAACGUUCGCGACUAAAAAAUAUGUGCAAACUGUAAUGAAGCAGAGAUCAGUUAGUUCCUCACUUUCCGCGCUGACGCCGAGAUCGUCCGUUUGCUUCAGUGAAAGUAUAACGUGCCUAACGUUUUCGACUCGUACAUUACACGUCACGUGCUGAUGUCACAUGUCAUUACGGGAUCUUUACGGGUUGUGUGUGAAUGCACGCACAUAUACCGGGUCAUCACUGGCAGUGUGAAAGUGCAAAAUCUAGCGACCCGAGAACAAUUGCCGGAACACUUUACCCGUGUAUUUGCCGGAAUGGCAGUGUGAAAGGGGCUUUAAUAGAUGUUUACAAUGUAAAUGUGAGUUGUGAUCUGUUCUAAUAUCUUCAUUUGACAUCAGUAAGUUGCCAAUCCGUUUCAGUAAAUGGUCAUUUUGGACAUUUCUGUGUUGUUUUUAAACCAUCAGGGAAAAUGUGAAUUCUCACUAUAUGACCCUCUCCCCCCACCUCUUUAACCGGAAAGCUGAUGUGUGGUUGUUGUGAUGUGAUGUGUUUGUCACUAGAGGGCAGUGUUGAGGUGUUUUUUAUUUUCUUGUUACUCCCCAGAAACACAUAUCACUCAGAUUAUAAAAUAAAGUCAUUUACAGACAAUAUAA